CCUGCACGCGUCAUGAGCACCCAUAACCACCAUGUUGAAUUCUUCACAUCCUAAUUCACUGACUGCCCUACCUUGCGAAUGUCUCAUUCACCUCCUCUCCUUCCUUUCUGCGUCGCAGCUCGCGACUGUAUCGGCCGUCUCUAGGACCUUGUAUUCCGCUGCCAACGACGAUACUUUAUGGCAACGCUUGUGCCUCGUCAACUACAAAGUCGAGGCAAAGACACACUUGCAUGUUUUUCCGUAUCGAACUAUUAGGGGGUUUUAUGUCGGUGUAUUAGCCCGCUAUGGCUGGAUGCUAGGGCUCUGGCAGGCCAAUUACCCAUUCUUCACCGGUCAACUUCUUCAAGUUCGUAUCAAUCCUACUGAUGCUAGUAUCAUUGGAGAAAAUCUCUCUGCCACCAACAUAUCUCCAAUCUCAGAGCAACAAUUUGGAGCGAUCCAAGGGGUAUCAGUUGACAGUUUACAGCUAUCAUUGAGUCGUACGAGGGUAUUCGAGAUAUGCUUUGAGCCGUGCGGUGAAGGGCUCCACCGUGUCUCCCCAUCCUUUGACGGCCCUGAACAAGUAUCGAGAAGGCGCCGAAGAACGAGUGCCCCUCUCGAAAAUACCGAGGAUGCUAUUGGAUCCGCGUACGAUCAAGAGGGAAUCUCGAGCUAUACGAUAUGUUUUGGGAACAGAGCACAAUCUACAACACUGCGGAAACAUAUGAGUGUUGUCGAUGAUGGACAGGAAACUUUCCGUAGUUAUCAGCUAUGCCAAGAUCAUUUCCCAUAUUUCCGACCAUCCCCAUCCACAGGCUUAUGGCCGUACCCGGAGAAUUCGCGUGUCCUCCGUGCGGAAGGCACUCUGAUUACCAUGUUUGAUUCUAACGAGCCGCCUCUCGCGUUCAACCCGUUACUUCAGACAAAUGGCGAGCUCGAGGAUGCCUCCUGGGAAAUGCCAGCAAAUACUUUAACGAUUCAUUGCCCUCUCAAAUGCCAUGAGUAUGGCGUCCGGACUGUGACCCUUCGAGCCCCCGAAGGUGAACUGCGAUUUAAAACGGGAAGAUAUCAGACAAUAUGGAGUCAAAUUAAGCUCGACGCGAAUCACAAGAGCGCGAUAGCGCCGUCAAAUAUGGUGAUAAAACCUUUGGAAGGAAUUUGGGCUGGUACUUAUGGGUCACACGGAAUUGAAUAUGUUCUGCUGCGGUACGAGUGGGUUGCAAAUGCGCUGGACGCCUCUGUACAAGACAUUCACCUCGUCUUUUACAAAAUUACUGGCGACGUCAAUGUGCCUCGGGGCGAAGUGAGCUGUCGCGUAAAUCUGGGUGAUGGGACCGGUAUACCUUGGAUAGGCGAUUCCAGGAUCGGAGACGAUCUGGCCGAGGACGGCACUGAACUCAAUGAUGACGCUUCCAAAAUAUUUUUGCCAGCUCUGAAAGAUCCAGAAUUUCAAACAGCGCGAGCUUAUCAUGGUCGAGGAACAGUAGCUAUGGCUGGAUACAGGAAUCCCACCUACAUUGUGAAUGAUGCUAUUAUCCUUUCCGAAACGAAAAUUGCGAUAUAUUGGCAUGAUCUGAAGCGCAUUUCAAGUUUCGUAAAGGUUGCCUUACCCGUCUGAUAGCCAGCCUGUAGCGUAGACGCACCAGAUAGCUCCCUUGUAGCCCAUCUCAUAGUGCUGUCUAUUUCAACGUCUUGCUCGAAAUGGGUAAAUCCAGGUUGAGAGUAUUCAUGGAAAACAAGAAAACGUUGGCACCAGAAAGG